GUGACUGAGUGACUCGCAGGGCAGCAAAGAGGGGGAGAGAGAAAGAGAGAGAGAAAGAAAGAAAGAAAGAAAGAAAGAGAAAGGGAAGGAAAGUGAACACGGCAAAGGAGUGAGCCUGAAACCUGAAGCCUUUCUCCACCUGCAUUUGUGUGUGUGUGUGUGUGUGUGUGUGUGUGCUGUGUGUCUUGAGUUGUUUUUGACACAGCCACAACAGAGUUAGAUUGGAGCGCACACACCACAAGCGAAGGAGUUGUUUGCCAUUGGAUUUAUAGCAACAGGAGAGUGAUACAGAGAGGCAGAUUUAUUUUCUUCUGCAAACGCAACAGAAGGUGAGCUGUCAUUAUGAGGCCGCUGGCGUUGCUGGGAGCGCUUCUCCUUCUCGUUGUCCUGGUGCAGGACGGGAGCGCCUGGGGAGGGUCGUCGCGCAGCCGACGCGACCUCAACAACCCCCUGCACCGGGGCGGCAUCCGCGACCCAUACGGCUCAUACUGCGAGCGGCGCGGCGGCUGCUGCCCAGGCCGUGACGACCAGUGCACGGUUCCCUACCUGGACACCAUCUGCUACUGCGACCUCUUCUGCAACCGCACCGUGGCCGACUGCUGCCCCGACUUCUGGGGACACUGCCUGGGCGUGUCACCGCCACACAUUGGUAUAUGCGAGAGGAACGGACACAGGUUCCACUCUGGGGCAACCUACAAAGAGAACUGCAAUUUAUGUACAUGCAGCAGCAAUGGCCGUUGGGAAUGUGAGCAGCACGCCUGCCUGAUUGAGGAUGACAUGAUCCAGGCAGUCAACAGAGGGAAUUAUGGCUGGAGGGCGGCCAACUACACCAAGUUCUGGGGCAUGACUCUGGACGAGGGGUUGCGCUACCGACUGGGCACCCAGCCCCCCUCCCGCAUCGUCAAGGCCAUGAACGAGAUCCAGAUGAACAUGGAUGACUCCAACCCUUUGCCACGCUACUUCAACGCUGCUGAAAAAUGGAAGGGGAUGAUCCACGAGCCUUUGGACCAAGGGAACUGCGCUGCGUCCUGGGCCUUCUCCACAGCUGCUGUGGCAUCCGAUCGCAUCUCCAUUCAGUCCAUGGGUCACAUGACUCCACAGCUGUCGCCGCAGAACCUCAUUUCCUGUGACACGCGGAACCAGGGCGGCUGUGCCGGUGGCCGGAUCGAUGGGGCCUGGUGGUACCUCCGCCGCAGAGGGGUGGUGACGGAGGAGUGCUACCCCUUCUCCCCUCCCGAGCAGACCCCAUCAGAGAGGGCCCACUGCAUGAUGCACAGUCGCUCGGUGGGCAGAGGCAAGAGGCAGGCCACCGCGCGCUGCCCCAACACCCACACCUACAACAAUGACAUCUACCAGUCCACACCUCCAUACAGGCUCUCCACCAACGAGAAAGAAAUCAUGAAGGAGAUCAUGGAUAAUGGUCCAGUGCAAGCCAUCCUGGAAGUCCAUGAGGAUUUCUUUGUUUACAAGAGUGGGAUCUAUCGGCACACAGACGUGAACUACCAGAAGCUCCCUCAUUACCGCAAGCAUGGCACACAUUCGGUCAGGAUCAUAGGAUGGGGAGAGGUGGUAACCCAUGAUGGAACACGGAAGUAUUGGCUUGCCGGAAACUCUUGGGGCAAAGACUGGGGUGAGAACGGCUACUUCCGGAUUGCCCGCGGGGAGAACGAGUGUCAGAUCGAGGCCUUUGUGAUCGGUGUGUGGGGACGUGUGACCAUGGAAGACAUGCACAACCACCACAACCACCAUCACGGCCGGCGCAAGUAGACGCACGCUCCAGACACUCGCCCCCGCCCUUCUGUCAAACUUCCACAAUCCCACCUUUCCCUGGCAACUCCAGGGUUAUAAAUAGAAGUCCUACAACCCCCCAGCAGUUAACCUCUCAGGACACACUGCUAUUCCAAAGAGCAUCUAUGAUGUCGUCAGCCUUCCUUGUGUGUGGAGAGAGCGCAAUUCCCCCACUGUUCCUCUUUCACAGCUGCAAUGUACAGCUCUUCUCCUAUUGUUAUGGCUUUACGCCAAUAUCGAAACAGCUGAUCUUCGGAUCGCUUUCGGAUCACAACGUUUAUAGCUGCCUCUGUGUCAUGCAAUGAUAGUCGCUAAAUGUUGUAACCUCCUGGUGGACAGUUGGGACAAUUGUAAAACCCAGACGAGAUUAGGGCAACUGCUACAAUAUAGAGGGCCUCUAGUUGGGUAAAGUACUCACCUGUGUUUAGAUGUGGCAGUGAAUCUAAUGUUUCUCCAAGUACCACUGCAAUUUCAAUGUGUAUUCGUAUGUGUGUGAAAGAGAGUGUGUGUGUGUGUGUGUGUGUGUGUGUAUGUGUGAGUGUGUAUCACUAAACAACCUGAAUGGUCACAUAUUAUUUUUCUGACUCACUUGUACUUCAUAUCUGUCGUAGAGGAUUGGCACACCACUAGUUGGUAAACACUUCCCACAUUCCCCCAAACCUAGAGCUCAAACACACUGGAUAAGAACAGAGGGUUACAGUAAUAUAAGCUUCUCAAUCAGAGUUGGAGUUGACCAAUAAUUUAUUACCAAACCAUAGCCUAGAUGUGAGUACUCUAUAAUAUUGUUAUAUAAAGUUAUCUAUCUAUAUAAAUAUAUAUGGAUAUGAUUUUGUGGUAGCUCUGCUCAUUGGUAGAAUGUAGACCCAAACAAAAAAAAAACAACCUUCACCCUUCAUAAAUAGAUCUCCAUGUAAAAUCACGCUGGCUUUAGUUAUCUAGUCUUCAGACUCAUGUAAAUAUGAUGGAUGAGGUCGUAAAUCAAGUUAUGCAAAAACAGCGCUUGAUGGUUACGACCACAUUCCCCAUCUGAGAAAAACAUGACGGAGCGAUUGAGGGAUAAUUGUUGUGGAGACGAAAUUCCGAUGGUUUCUGCCGGAGGACCACCUGCUUUACAUUCCCUUAAAAGCGCUCUCUGCAGACCGAACGCCAGCUGCACACCGACCAUAUAUCACAGCCUUGAUGUUUCAAAUGUUGGUCCUGUCACUCAUUCCAAUUUGGUGAGAGAUAAAAGAAAGACAGGCGAACAGGUAGACAACAAUGAUUAAAAGGUUGCUUGUCUGGAGCCCUGAGAGCUGUCUUGUGGAGCAAUUAUGUAGGAAGCAGUGUCCGUGUAAGAGAUGUUUCAACAACUUGAUUCACUUGGAAACCAAAAAAGAAAAACUAUGAUUUGGCCUCUCUUUGAUGCAAAUCGAGCAUAAGAACGUCUUAAUCUGUUAUCCUGUAAAGUGUUAAAGGAGUCAAGUAUUAACCUUACAAGACCAUUGCUGUUGUUUACCUUCACCUUUGCUGUAUUUUUUUUCUUUUUAGUGAUUGACCUCUGUGAAAAAAAAAAAACGGUGCUUUGUUUCGCUUUUGUUGCAUUUUGUUUGUUUAGAGAGCAGUACAAUGACCACAAUGACCUGUACAAUCUCCCCUGUGUCACAUCUCUCCACUGAUUCCAAUUACUACAGUAUGCGAUGACUGCAAUGGAACAAAUAAGGAAAAAAAAAAAAAAAUGUAAACACUCCUACAUCUGAUACCAGUUUAUACAGUCAACAGGAGGCACAGAGCAGAUGUUUGUUUGGCUAAUAUCCACCAAUGAGAGUGGGCUGCCGUGACAGUUAUUGUUCACCAGUCACUGAGACUGUUAGAGUUGCCCUUUGACAAAGAGUGCAUGUCCUAUGCAUGUGUUGACCUUACUGUCAUGCAAUGUUUUUCUUCCAUGAAUGGCCCACGUAUUUGCCCUUCACUCCUAUCACCAUGCCUAACCAUAGCAACAUGCACACACGCACGCAUCCCCCUAACACAUACUUCUCUCUCACUGGUAGAGAGAGGUAGAGAGCAAAACUGACAGAAAUGCGCACGCACUCACACACGGACUCACACGGACACGGACACACACACACACACACACACACACGUCACUGACACAUACUCACUGAUCUUCACGCAUACCAGGGCCGAAUCCCAAGAGUUUGGUUUGGUGACUAUUCCAGGUAAAUUAACCUAGAGUAAGUAGUAAACUUCAAGAAAAAGAAGAGCCCUAUUACUCAGAGUUAACUUAUCCAGACUAGUUUGGGAUUCUCAUACAAUUCAAGUGGUAUGCAAAGAAUUGAUUAGGAAUGUGAAAGCAAUGCUGGAAAACAGAAAAUGAACAUGGAAGUAUGCCAAAUCCCCUCCGUGGCCUUACAGAGGCUUUAGAUGGACUAUCCGUCUGGUCUGGUCUGAGUGGAUAUGUCACACAAGCAUUAACAUUUACUCACUUACUUUUUGAGACCCUUGCAUCUCCAAAAGUGAUUGGAGGAUAAAAAAAAUAUUAAAGAAUGCAACAAACAAAAAUUAUUAACUUUUUGCAACAAAAAAAAAGAGACAACAAACAACACAGUGGCCUUUCAGGGGUUUCUAGAGCCUCAAUUGCUAUGGAAUUAAUUGCAUAACAUAGAUGCCGUUUUGACAUUUAAGUAGCCGGAGAUGUGCAGAACCAUGUCUUGAACUUUUCUGUUGUAAUCUAACACAUGCACUGAAUGUGCACAAUAGUCUGACCUGUUACAGUUCGUUUUAUAACCAUCACCAUUUCCACUGAGUUCUUCUUCCUCUUCUUUUAUGAGGCAAUCAGAGAUCACUGCCACACCAGUGGCUAACUGUUUCUUGUGUGAGCAGCCAGUUUCUCUUUCAAAGUAUUCUAAUAAAGAAAAUAUCUUUGGUA